UAUGUCAAAAUAUAAGGUUUCACUUGUUUUUUGUGGUGAAAUUAUAGAAAAUUUGUAUUAUGGACCAUGUGCUAGAGCUUGGUGGGUUGCCCGCCCAAAUAAUAACAAUGCAACUUAUACACCUCUUUAUCCCUUAUGCCUUGGGAUGAAAACUAUUACUACAAUAAAUAGCCGUGACUUUAUGAUUACCAAAAUUCAGAACAAUUUAGAACCUGGGUUUUUAUAUCAUUCUGAAACUUUUUCUACAAAAACUAAACUUGAUGGCCUUUUAGUUAUGGGAUUUGAUAAUUUAGAAAUAUGUAAUUUAUUACUUUCAAAUCUUUACUUUCGACCUUUUUCUUUUAAAAUCUCAAAUUUAAAUUUGAUUAUUUUCGAAAUUGGUACAUCAGAUAACCCAGAUUGGAACUAUGCUAGCAAAGGAUAUAAAAGUUCUUUUAUAUAUAACUUUCAAAAAACUCGUUCAUUAUUUUUACAAGAGUUUACUAAUAAUAAAGCGAUUGUCAAAAUAUACCAAAAUUCUCAAGAAAAAUAUAUUUUACAUGGUGCUAACCCUAACGUAGUUUGGAAUGAAAUCGGCAUACUAGCACAGUUUAUAGAAAGUACACUUUUUGGACUAGAACAUGAACAAAUGAAAUCAUCAAUUGAAAAAGAACAAACCCCUCAUUGUACAGUUGAAGAUUGGCAGACUAGAAAACUCAAAAAAAGUAAUAUUAUUAAGUUAACAGCAAAAUUUAAAGAAAUAUACUCACCAAAUUAUAUUGUCAAAGACCGUGAAUUGCGGGCAUGGAAAGCUUUAUUGCGACAUACUGGUUGUUCAAAUAUAACACCUUUUGGAAAAGAAUCUAAAGUAAUUACUAAACAUAUUCUAAUUAUGUUGGAUGCAUUAGAUAGUAAUAUUUGUAGUAAUAAUGGAAAAAAAAGAAUAUUAUCUAUUAUCGCAGAUAGAUUCCACUAUGAUACGAUCAAAGAAAAGUUAUCUGUCUCUAAUGAUUUGAUUACUGAAGCACGUCAUUAUGCACGUAUAAAUGGCCCAGGAUGUAUUUCCCAUGCAAUUAAUCGUCAUGUUCGUUUAGGAUUUAAUAUUGUACAAGGAUCAGAUAUUGAAUUGGCCAUUAAAGAGAUUUGUGGAACAUCAGUGGCUCACUUAGAGCCAAAGCGUCCUAAAGGUAAUUCAAACUGGUUUUCAUGGGAAUGGCCAUGGAACAAUAAUAAUAUGGAAUAUAUUCGAGCAUGUGCGAUUCCUAAUAUUGGUGAAUGGAACGAAUUUACGCCUGCAAAAUUAGAAAA